GGAGAACCCCCCUCUCCGAAUACCGGGUGACGCUGGGGGCCCUCCAGCUCCUGUCCCCCCCCGCCGACGCCCAAGUGAGGCGGGUGGCCGCCGUCGCCCGCCACCCCGCUUACCGCGACGGUGACGUCAGCGAGGCGCACGGCGACGUCGCCGGGGACCUGGCGUUGGCACGGUUGGACCCCCCCGCCACCCCCACCCGUCUGGUGCGCCCAAUUUGCCUGCCCGGUCCUGCCGUCCGCUUCCCCCCCGGCACCAACUGCACCGUCACCGGCUGGGGGGGACCGUCCACACCCGCUGGUCCCCCUGCCGCCCCCCAAAACGCUGCAGCAGCUGGAGGUGCCGCUCCUCAGCCCGCCGGCGUUGCCGCUGCCUUUACGCGGAGACGGCCGGCAUGGGGACGCCCGCUGGGGACACGCUCUGCGCCGGUUUCCCCCCAGGGACAACGGGAUGCCUGCCAGGGUGACUCUGGGGGUCCCCUCUCCUGCCGAGUGGGUGACGUCUGGCUGCUGGCGGGGGUGGUAAGCUGGGGGGAGGCUGCGGGCUUCCCGGCCGCCCCGGCGUCUACACCCCGCGCCGCCGCUCACGCCGCCUGGAUCGCCGCCGCCGUCCCCGAAGCCCCCCUGCGCCAACCCCCACCUGGCGCCUUUCCCCGAGGACGAGGACGACGGUCCCUGCGGGGAGGGGGAACCCCCGGCGGUUCCCCCCGAGGCCUGGCCCCGGCCCCCUGCCGCCCGACGGAGGCGGCAGCACCGGUGACGCCCACCGCCAGCCGCUCGCCCCGGCCGCCUCCUGUUGCUGCUGUUGGGGUUCCUGCUGCCUCUCGGUCUCCGCUGAGCCCCCCCCCCCCCCCCCCAACCCCCGAGGGGUUGGGGGCACCCAAAAUGACUGACGGGACCCCGAAUCGGCACCCGGAAUUGGGCGCGGGAUGCCGGGCUAGCACCCGGGAUGGAUGGUGGCGCCCGCUGACACCCCAAAAAUGA